CUUCCAUUUGCACAUGAAUAGAUUCAUCCCAGGAACCCUUGCAGGUGAUACAUUCUUCCAGUGCUAUUUGAUAGACGGCAUUUCAAGGUGGAAUGAGGACUCUGGCAGCAGAGGGAAGACGAGGGCCACACUCUUACAGUGGUCUACUGCGGCAUGCUGCCAACCAGCUGGCCGAGGAGGUGCUUGGCCACAAAAUGGUGGAGUACACCGUACCACGGAAAUACACUGGUGAGCUGUUAGGUAUUGAAUACCUUUACGACCAAAACAAUGCUGUGAUGGAGGACUACAAAGCAGAGGUGUGGACUCGAGUCAUGUGACUUGGACUCGAGUCAGACUCGAGUCAUGAAUUUGAUGACUUUAGACUCGACUUGACAAAAUAUAAAAAGACUUGCAACUCGACUUGGACUUUAACAUCAAUGACUCGGACUUUCACUUGGACUUGCGCCUAUUGACUUGUAAAGACUUGCUACUUCCCAUAAAAAAAAACGAAAGACAAAAAGAUGAAAUGUAGACACGGACUGAUCUAUCUGUGUGUGUGCGCCUGUGUGUGAGACAAUGCGCGUAUUCGGCACAAAAUCCAAUCAAAUCACUUACUGUAGCCUAGAUUGUUUUGAUUUGACAGCGGCCAACCACGCGGAACAAGCUAGACAACACGCAGGGCCAGACAACGGACGUGAAUGCGCCAGCAAAAUGAUACCUAAGAUUAUUUCGUUAAUUCGUUUGCCUACAAAAAUUACGUGGAGACCAACAAGAAACGAAUGACUGUGUAGAACUUGUUAAAUUCCUCCCAGCUUCAUCCUAGCCUGCUUUUGACAUAUGCCUGGUAGGCUACUAUGAAACCAAACUGGUAGCCUACCCUACUGAUUCUGUUGUCUAAUUGAUGGAUUUAACCACGAUUAGGAUUAGGCUUUUAAAAGGUGGAACAUUUUCACCUCAAACGUGCGCUGUAUCAUAGCCACUGCGUCUUUUUGUGUACAUUGACAUUCGCAUUAAAUCUAUUCCACUAACAUUAUCAGGAGGAGAAUAGACUACCAUAACGUUUUAUUUUGAGCGCCUGUUGUUACUCAUUGGAUACAUAUCAAACUCCAUGUCAUGGUAGAGUAAAUUAAGCACCCACCCAAUUAAACAUGACCAAGGAAAAAGUGAAUGGGACAACAAUGCCAUGCCACGGUAACCUAAAUCAUAGAAGUUAACAUUGCAAGAUAUUUUCUAUGACAUCAGAAAUAUUUUCUUUACCUUGUCAGUUUUUUGAACAUUCAUUUUAUUUAAUGAAAACAUAUCCUUGAACUAUGUGUGACUAUUUUUCUAACCGAAUGAAACCUAAUUACGUUCACGUACUUCUUAAAGUGACAGGCACUCAAUUAGACCUACACACCACCCUGUAAUAUCAUUAAAGACAAGUGUAAUCAAUAUGAAGUAUUCAAUUUACUGAAUAUUUUUAGCUAUAAGUAAUUAUGCAGAUCCUAAAAUACUACAAAUUGUUAACAAAAUAUAUCAAGUUUAUGAAUUCAAAACAUGAAAUAGACACAAGACACACCAUUUUCUGUGUGUGUGGACUGGAGGUUUGAGCAGGGACUAGGAUUGCCACUGCUGUGAGUUACUUGUAUCCCCCUUAUGGCAAUACGGUUUUGCCUACAUUUUUGUAAUGUAAUAAACAUGGUCACACGUUAUAAAACUAGUUCAGCUUGUGUAGGCCUAUCAGUGGUUUCUUAACAAAUUGAACACAUAUUUUAACACAUAGGGCCUAUAUUUCAUUGAGAAUGUGCUGGAGAUACCAUUUGACAUUUCUGCUAGACAGAUUUGCAUCUCAAUCUCUCCAGCACACACAAAUUCAAUUGACAAAAUACCUGUUUCACUCGAUUUUUAAAAAGACUCGAAAGGACUCGAAAGUCAGACCGUAGGACUUGGGACUUGACUUGAGACUUGUUGGCCUUUGACUUGGACUUGACUCGGGACUUGCCUGUCUUGACUCGGGACUUGACUCGGGACUUGAGGGCAAUGAAUUGAGACUGACUUGUGACUUGCCAAACAAUGACUUUGUCCCACCUCUGCUACAAAGUGGCUUGUGCAACCCUGGAGGACAAGGACAUCACUGUUGCAGAGGAAGAGUCGUAUGUGGAGCCAGUUAAUUUGGAGGAUCCAACUGUACCCUCUCUAGAGACCUUAUGGCCCGCACAUCCGUGCACUCUAUCAGCUGCUGCUAGCAACAUCACACCUACUUUGCCAGCUGUACCAACAGCAACUGUACCUCCCACUGUACCUACACUUCAUACAGUGCCCACAAGUCAAACUCCUCCCCAGCAAAACGCACUCAGUGUGUCUGGUGAUCAGCAGACCACUGGUGAACAGCCCUCAAAUUCAUCUGAAUCUACUGGUCCUGAUGACUCCGUCGGACCUGACAAUGUUGAAGGUUUCCAAGCUGUCCAGGAUUUGGCUGAUUAUCUCUUCAACUUAAAGGAUCAUUCUCUUGCCCUAUCAAGGGAGGAAACUGCCCAGAUCAUAACCCUUUGGGAGUCCUUGUCCAAAUAUGACAGAGGACGCACAAUAUAUCCUCCACGCCACCAGGACACCAUCAGUAAGGGGAGAUUCCGAGCCACUAAAAGAACUGUUGUGCCAGGGGUGGAGAGUACAAAAAGAUGCUUUGCAGGAGGGAGAAGUCCUGCACAGUGGCCUGACUGCAAUCGGGUGUGUGAGGCAGUUUUUGUUAAGCUCUGCGAGGAGUACCGUGGAGCCAGACGCAUCAAUGGGGUUAGGUAUGCACGAUGGACUCUUGUCUCAAAGGCAUACAUCCAUAUCCGGCAAGUCAUCUUGAACAAUGCUGUAGUGAUGGAGAGGACCACUAUCCAGCUCCCAGUGAUGAACAGUGCAACCAUUGCUUCUUGGCACAACAAAAGGGAACGGUCACAGGAGAAGAAUGUUCUGGAGCAAGGCAUUGCUGCACCAAAGCCUACAACUGUGAGCCCAGAGAGUUUGCCGCCUGCUGUUCAGAGGAAAGGCCGACCCUGUAUGCCUACCGGCCCUGUGGACAAUCCCCAUUCCUUUGUAUUGCCACCAAACACUGCCGGGAUGGCACAGGUGAAACGCAGACGUAACCCCCUAGUCCCUCAUGGAAGUACACCAGCCUUUUUGGCAGCCCUCGAGCCACCUCCUCAGGCAACAACAUCAGCUCCCCAACCUCCUCUGCUGAAUCCAAAUCCGGUCCUGCCACCUCCUCACCCUCAGGUCGCACCACCCCGACCAGCCCUGCUCGCACCCAAGCCUCAGGUCACCCCCCAGGUUCAGCUUGCCCCCCAGCAGCAGGUCACACCCCAGCCUCAAUUCACACUGCAGCCUCCUGUCACACUGCAACCUCAGGCCACACCCCAGCAGCAGGCCACACCCCAGUGGCAGGUCACAUGUCAGCCACAGGUCACAUGUCAGCCACAGGUCACACUGCAACCACAGGCCACACCCCAGUGGCAGGUCACACCCCAGUCACAGGUCACAUGUCAGCCACAGGUCACACUGCAACCACAGGCCACACCCCAGCAGCAGGCCACACCCCAGCAGCAGGUCACAUGUCAGCCACAGGUCACACUGCAACCACAGGUCACACCCCAGCAGCAGGUCACACCCCAGCCUCAGGUCACACUGCAACCUCAGGCCACAUGCCAGCCGCAGGUCACACGCCAGACUCUGGUCACACUGCAACCUCAGGUCACACCCCAGUCACAGGUCACACCCCAGUCACAGGUCACACCCCAGUGGCAGGUCACACCCCAGCAGCAGGUCACACCCCAGCGGCAGGUCACACCCCAGCGGCAGGUCACACCCCAGCAGCAGGUCACACCCCAGUGGCAGGUCACACUGCAGCCGCAAGUCACACCCCAGCCUCUGGUCACACCGCAACCACAGGCCACACCCCAGCCUCUUUUUACAUGCCGUCCUCAGGUCACACCGCAGCCGCAGGUCACACCGCAGCCUCUUUUCACACCCCAGCAGCAGGUCUCACCCCAGCCUCUGCUCGCACCCCAGACUCAGCUUUCACCCCAACCAGUCCUGCUCGCACUUAAACCAUUACCUGCAUCCUAUUCUGAAGGCUCUGUGGUUCCUCCCAGAAUUGCUGGUAAAUCCAUGGCAGAUGUGCCCUACACAACUCAGUACUAUCAUAAAAAGAAAAGAACAGAAGAGGAGCAGACUGGAAAAAAGAAGAGGACCUACACACGGAGAACUGAUACCAUCACCUGUAAGCAGUGCAAUUCUGAGCGAGACCCAGCCACUCAUCAACAGUAUUUUGGAAAUUGGUUUUGCCAAACUACAUCAAAUGUGACUCUGGCUGAGUGGCGGGCUGGUCUUGCAGCAAAGGGGUAUGGAAAGAAAAAAGAGCAAUGAGCAGUCAUAUCAGUGUACAUAUUUCACAUUUUAUUGUUUUAUGUUUCUGUGUUCUGUUCUGUUUUAUUGUUCUGUUACUAUAUGUGUGCCAACUGACUUUGCACAGAUUAAUGGGAAAAAAAAUCUAUUUUGUCAUUUUCUAGUAACAUAUAGUAUAAACACACAGGGUACGAUAAUCAAGAGGAUUACUGCCCAGUACAGCUAAUUCUGUGAUUGUGUAGUAUGCAAAUAAGUCAGCCUAAAAGGACUAAGAGUAGCCUAAGCUUAGUGAUUUCUAUAGUCGUACCACAUUUGCAAAUUAAAUAUGGCUACUUGUACAGCAUAAGGUAUCCUUAAAAAAUGAAUGUAUGUAUUCAAAA